UUUUGGACAAAUCUCAUAACAACAACUCAGGAACAAACUCGGAUCAACAUGUUCUUCAAGGUACUUUGUGCACUGUCGGUCGCCGUAGCGGUGGUCUCCGCUCACGGCUACUCCUCCCAAUAUGUCAACAAACACGACGGCCACCACGAGCCAGUGCACCACGGACAUGAUCACCACGACUACUACACUCACCCCAAGUACGAGUUCGAGUACAAGGUGGAGGACUCUCACACGGGCGACCACAAGUCGCAGCACGAGCACCGCGACGGUGACGUCGUCAAGGGACACUACUCGCUGCAUCAGCCCGACGGUUCUGUCAGGGACGUCCACUACAGCAGCGACGACCACACAGGCUUCCAUGCUGACGUGAAGUACAGUACCCACCACGAGAUCCCUCACCAUCAUCACCACCACUGUCUUCUUGUCAGCGUGGUACUCGACGAUCCUGACGGUGCCGUCGGGUUGAUGCAGACUGUACACGCCCUUCACGACGUGACCGUCACGAGACUCGUGCUGAGAUUUCUUGUCGCCGGAGGCGUGGCCGUGGUGUUCCUCGUGGUGUCCGUGGUGAUGCUCCUCCUGGUGCUGCUCGUGCUGCUCCUCAUGAUGUUCCUCGUGGUGUACGGGCUCGUGCUUGCUCUCAACAACAUGUUUUUCAAGGUACUUUGCGCGCUGUCAGUUGCCGUAGCGGUGGUCUCCGCGCACGGCUACUCCUCCCAGUACGUGCACAAGUACGACGGUCACCACGAGCCAGUGCACCACGGACAUGAUCACCACGACUACUACACUCACCCCAAGUACGAGUUCGAGUACAAGGUGGAGGACUCUCACACGGGCGACCACAAGUCGCAGCACGAGCACCGCGACGGUGACGUCGUCAAGGGACACUACUCGCUGCAUCAGCCCGACGGCUCCGUCAGGGACGUCCACUACCACGGCGACCAUCACACCGGCUUCCAUGCCGACGUAAAGUUCAGCACUCAUCACGAGAUCCCUCACCAUCAUCAUUACUGAAGAGUCGUUACCUAAUUUCAUACCUCAGCUGAAAGAACUGAUAUUGUUACUAUGUUGUCUUAAAAUAAAU